UGCAUGUUCGCCGUGCCUCCUUUUCAAGCUCCGCCCAUGUCUGCCAGUUGACCUAUGAACGGCUCUGUGCUAACUCGCACAUGCUCCCGACGUCACAUUUCUCUUUGGUCUUCCUGUCAACAUGGCGACAUCCAUGGCAUCCCAGGCUGCAGCAAGAGGACUGAGGACAGCAACCUCAAAGCACAUACUUCUGGACAAACUCAAGUGCACCUGGUUGAGUCCCAGGAGAUGGCUGAAUCUGCAAGAGUACCAGAGCAAGAAGCUGAUGCAAGAGAGUGGCGUGGCUGUCCAACGCUUCUACGUGGCCGACACAGCUUCUGAGGCCUUGGAGGCUGCAAAGAGACUCAAUGCCAAGGAGAUUGUGUUGAAAGCUCAGAUUCUGGCCGGUGGCAGAGGCAAGGGUGUGUUUGACAGUGGCCUUAAAGGUGGAGUGCACUUAACUAAGGACCCUGCUAAGGUUGGUGAACUGGCCAAUAAGAUGCUGGGUUUCAAUCUGACUACUAAGCAGACACCGAAAGAUGGAGUGAAAGUGAAAACGGUGAUGAUUGCUGAGGCCCUGGACAUUACUAGGGAGACCUACUUUGCCAUCCUGAUGGACCGCGCCUGUAAUGGUCCUGUCAUGGUAGGCAGCCCCCAGGGAGGUAUGGAUAUAGAGGAGGUAGCCGCCAGCUCCCCAGAACUCAUCUUUAAGGAAGUCAUAGAUAUACUUGAAGGCGUGCGAGACGACCAGGCACUUCGCAUGGCAGCUAAUUUGGGUUUCAAAGGACCUCUGCAGAGACAGGCAGCAGAUCAGAUUAAGAGGCUCUAUGAUCUGUUCCUGAAAGUCGACGCCACUCAAGUAGAAGUCAAUCCUCUUGGAGAAACUCCCGAAGGACAAGUGGUUUGCUUUGAUGCUAAGAUCAACUUUGACGACAAUGCUGAGUUCCGUCAGAAAGCUGUGUUUGCCAUGGACGACAUGACUGAGAGUGACCCUACAGAGACAGAGGCAGCCAAGUGGGACCUCAAAUAUAUCGGACUGGACGGAAAUAUUGCCUGCUUUGUGAAUGGAGCCGGUUUGGCCAUGGCCACAUGUGACAUCAUUGACCUGCAUGGAGGAAAGCCAGCUAACUUCCUGGACCUGGGGGGAGGAGUCAAAGAGAGGCAGGUGUACGAGGCUUUUAAGCUGCUGACAGCUGACCCUAAGGUUGAGGCCAUCCUGGUCAACAUCUUUGGUGGGAUCGUGAACUGUGCCAUCAUCGCCAACGGUAUCACCAAGGCCUGUCGAGAGCUGGAGCUAAAGGUGCCACUGGUGGUCAGGCUUGAAGGGACCAACGUCCAUGAGGCCAAGAGGAUUCUGUCCGAGAGCGGCCUACCCAUCACAGCAGCAGAGAACCUGGAUGACGCUGCCAAGAAAGCAGUGGCUGCCAUCAAGAAAUAGAAAACUCUGUGUAACAUCACUGCACUCAUGUCCACCCAUCACCAACAUUAAUAGUCUCAGAGCAUCACCGUCAGCCUUUUCUUACACAUACAGACCUCCAGGAUGUUAAGCCUUUGCUCUCAUAGGCCUUUACUUUUCUUUGUUUUAACACUAGCUUCCCAAAAAUACUUUCAUUGCCAAUUCAGUGUCUACGUAUCACAGGUUUUUUGAGGUGCUGUUUUACCUUAACACCUUACAAAAUUUAAAUUUUAGUCCCUUAAUCUGUGCAGUGUAAAUUAGCUGCUUUUAAAUUCUUUAAACACAAUCUAUAUUAUAUGCAUAUAAAUUGGAAUAAAAUAAUAAUAAAUAAAUCACUCUGUAACUCUCAGGCUUAUUAACAUAAUCUUGUCCUGGAAAAUCAUAACGCUCUAGGGACCUCUGUCACAAAUUAGAUAGAGACCCUACUUUGUGCAUUCCAUUUUCCAAGGUGAAAGAUGCUGAUUUCUCUGCAUACUGUGGUAUUUGUAUGGAAUAUUAGUUAAGAAAGAUUUUCACCAUAAAGCUUUAGUGCGUAACUUUUUGAUAUUAAUGAACGUCCCUCACAUUCAAGCCAUUGCCAAAUGAGUUGCUACAAAGCUAAUUAAGACUAUCAGCUCCACACAACUCUCUCUCUCUCUCUC